AUGCCCACCUAUGCGAUACCGGUUGCGGACGGUAGUCCUUUUCCGUUGCAGAAUAUUCCAUCUCGAAUCUUUUCGGAGCGUACUUCGGUACCUACCCACGUUAGACUUGAAAGUCUCGACGAUGCGUCUUAUGAUAUCUCCUUUAACGUGUUUAUCGCUCGUUCCACAAAAGAGAGCGUCAAGGUCUCAACCUCCAACUAUAAGCAUUCGUAUUUUACCCCGGCCCAAUGCGUGGCGCAUCGUGCCAGCUCAGGCUGUGGGCUGGAAGCAGGCGAGCGUCUGGGACUGGGUACGAUUUCGUCGCCGGACUCGGAAUGGCCCGACCGGUCUGUUUCCCGCCAUGGGUGCCUCUUCGAAAUGGCAUGGGACGGAGCCUACGAGGUGCCUGAUAUUGGCGGAACGUAUAUCGAAGAUGGUGACUAG